AUGAUGAAGGCGUUCUCUACCCUGGCUCUGCUAGCUACGGCGGCCAACUCCCAGCAGACCGCAGCUCAAGACAUCGGAAACUGUCCAGGCUACAGGGCAUCCAACGUCCAGCGCAGCAGCGGCAGAAUCACCGCCGACCUCAGUCUUGCCGGCGACGCAUGCAAUGCCUACUCCGAUGACCUCCCGAACCUACGACUCUUGGUGGAAUACCAGGCCCAGCAGCGACUACACGUCAAGAUCUACGAUGCCGACGAGCGAGUUUAUCAAGUUCCAGAAGCGGUUCUGUACCGACCGGGCAACGCGACUGUCGAAGAGGCGGAUAGUGAUCUGUACUUCCGUCUUGUUGAAGACCCAUUUGAAUUCGCGGUCGUCAGAAAUGCUACUGGAGAGGUCCUGUUCGAUACUACAGGCCAGGCUUUGGUGUUUGAAAGCCAGUACAUUCGCUUGCGGACGAGUCUUCCUACCGACCCGAACAUCUACGGGCUUGGAGAGAAUUCAGAUCCCUUGAGACUGCCCACCACUGGCUAUUCCCAUCCUUUCUGGAACGUCGGUCCCUCGUUUUUGCCGGCGGGGAACCUUUAUGGGACGUUCAAAGCGUACUACGACCACCGAGGCGCCAAUGGAACACAUGCGGUCUAUCAUCUCAACAGCAAUGGGGAACGAGUCUUUCUGGACGUGGAUGAUCAAGGACAAUACCUAGAGUACAACGCCAAUGGCGGAGUCUUCGACUUCUACUUCGUCACCGGCGCCACGCCCCGAGAAGCCUCCGCCCAAUUCGCAGACGUGAUCGGCCACUCCACCCUCAUGCCCUACUGGAGUUUCGGCUACCACCACUGCCGCUACGGCCUCCAAGACGUCUACGAAGCCGCCCAGAUCAUCGCCAACUACAGCGUCGCCGAGAUCCCGCUCGAGACCUUCUGGAUCGACAUCGACCACAUGUAUCGCAAGCAGACGUUCUCCUUGGACCCGGAUCGUUGGUCGCUGGAGAAGGUCAGGGAGUAUAUUGACUACUUGCAUUCACAUCAGCAGAAGAGCGUUUUUAUCAUUGAGCCGGCGAUUCCGACGCAGUUGAGGGAUUCGAUCCCUGGUGAGCCCGGCACGUAUACGGCUCAUGAGGAUUUGGUGGAGAGCAAGGCGUAUUUUCAGUUUCCUAAUGGGAGUGCUGUGCCUGGGGUUGUAUGGGGCGGCGGUUCCAUCUACCCCGACUGGUUCGACCCAGCAGUACAAGACUUCUGGAACGGCGAAUUCGCCAAGUUCUUCAGCGCUGAAUCAGGCAUCGAUAUCGACGGACUCUGGAUCGACAUGAACGAAGCCGCCAACUUCUGCAAUCCAACAUGUCGUAAUGCCACUCUCGAUGGCAUCCACCAACAACGCCCUGAACGAAUCCCAGCCGUGCGCAUCUCCAGCCCGUAUGAGAUCCCUGGCUGGCCUGAGGAUUGGCAACCGAUGUGUGUGAGCUACACGCGCUUCAACAUCGCUGCGCAGGUGGAUGGGGACAAAGAGAUCAUCACCAUCAUUGGCAAUAUCUCGGCGCUGGCUGAUGGUAGAGCAAAGGAUGGUCCAGCUCUGAACAUCCAGACUGAGAAUGGAUACGCCAUUGUUGUGCAGCUGCCACCGAACACGAUCGUCUCCUAUCAGUACCCACGGUAUGCGUACGCCAUCGAUGGCUCGUAUAUAUUCGAGGCUCAGAAUCGGACUAUCACAACAGGAGGCUGCAAUGAUAUGUGGCAUCCGCAGGAAGUCAACGAUACUAUCACCACUUCUACGACGAACCUUACUAUCGUCCCGUUCACACCAUACCAACCCACUCCGGAAGAAGGUCCCGGCCCUGACGUACCGGAAGGCUCGAUGUUGGGUCUUCCAGGUCGAAACCUUGCUUAUCCUGAGUACAAUAUCAACAGUACUGUGGGUAGCUUGAGCGAUCAGGGCUUGCCGACGAAUGUCUAUCAUGAUGGAGGUUGGGCUGAGUAUGAUGUGCAUAAUUUGUUUGGGGCGAUGAUGAGCUCUGCGAGCAGGGAUGCUAUGAUUUCGAGGAGGCCGGAUAAGAGGCCUUUGGUCAUCACUCGCUCUUCUUACAUGGGUUCAGGAAGCCAAAUCGGACACUGGUUCGGCGACAACAAUGCAGACUGGCGCAGCUACCUCAUCUCCAUCCGCCAAAUGGCCAGCUUCGCAUCACUCUUCCAAUUCCCCAUGGUCGGCUCCGACACCUGCGGCCACAACGGCAACGUCACCAUCGAACUCUGCGCUCGCUGGGCAAUGCUCGGCGCCUUCAACCCCUUCUUCAGAAACCACAAAGUCACCGGCGCCCAACCCCAAGAAUUCUACCUCUGGCCCGAAGUCGCCACCGCCGCCCGCAAAGCCAUCAACAGAAGACUCCAACUCCUCGACUACCUCUACACCGCCUUCUACCGCCAAUCCACCUCCGGCGUCCCGACUAUCAGCCCGCUCUUCUUCAACUACCCCAACGACACCGCCACCUUCGCCCUCGAAACCCAAUUCUUCUUCGGCGACGACAUCCUCGUCUCCCCCGUCACCGCCGAAGGCGCCACCAGCGUCGACGCAUACCUCCCCGACGACCUCUUCUACGACUUCGAAACCUUCGCCCCGAUCCGUGGCUCUGCCGCGAACCACACCUUGGAGAACGUCGCCCUCGACGAAAUUCCUGUUCUCAUCCGCGGCGGCGCCAUCAUCCCCCUCCGCGCCAAUCCAGCCAACACGACCACCGAAGUCCGCAAGCAGGAUUUCCGACUCCUCGUCGCGCCCGGGUUGGAUGGUUCCGCGAGGGGGUAUUUGUACCUCGAUGAUGGGGAGGCGUUGGAUCCCGGGGAGCAAACUACUUUUGCUACCUUCAGCUAUGCUGACGAGGACGGAGUGUUGAGGGUUAAUGGAACGUUUGGGUAUCAGACGGAUAGGAUUAUUAGUGAGGUUGUGUUGCUGGGGAUGGAUGGGACUCCCGCCAGCCUGACGGCCCCGAGUGGGAACGUAUCGGUCCUGUUGUGA